GGUGCAGUGCUUCCCGUUGAAUUGUAGCUGAACAACUCGUUGAGCUUCGAAAUGGCUAAACUUACUCUCUGCAUUGUGACUAUUCUAGCUUCCAUGACUGUGGUAACAGCAAGCCCUAUGAUGAAUCCGGAAAUGCUCGGAACCAUCGUAACCACUGUGUCUCAAAUGCUUGACCAACUGGAACAGAAAGAUCCAUCCGGAAUGGUACGGACAUUCCGGCAAAGCAUGGCUCCUUUCAAAGAUAUGUUCCUAAACGUUAUGAGUAAGAUGGGUGGUGGCCGUCAGAAACGUGCCAUCCAUUCCGAUUAUGUCGCAACGAAAGUCAACGCCACCCACUACCAGAAGGUAGAGUUCCACAAGUCCGUGGAUAAGGAUGCCCAGGAGAUGAAGGCCGAAACUCCCUGUUUGAUUAAGGAGAAUGAGGUCUACUGGCUGGAUUACAUGAGCAGCGUGCUGAUUGGGCUGACGCAGGAAAUGAAGAGAGUCAUCGAUGGAAAACAGGUGCCGUUCAAAAUGUCCAAGAAUGGGUACGAGCAGCAGAAGCCAAAGGCAUGAAAUUGAUAUUGUUUGGUUUUUAUAGUUGAAAAUUUCAAUAAAUAAAAAGGCACGGCAAAAAUUUGAAAUGUAUUAAAAAACGU